AUGCAGUAUGUGGGGAGACUCAUGUCUUCCGUGUACAACACCAUCACACCUAAUAUCAACCCCUCGACACUCACAGGCGCUAUUGAUGUGAUUGUCGUGGAGCGCGAAGUGGAAGUCGAAGAACCUGUGACGUUGCCUGAUGGAACGACGACGACGAACAAGAGAAGUACGACGGAGCUUGCAUCAUCACCGUUUCAUGUGCGCUUCGGCAAAAUGAGCGUGCUCAGACCUGGCGAGCGUAAAGUCACAUUGCACUUGAACGACUCGCCCGAUCCGCUUCCGUUUGCCAUGAAAGUUGGCGAGAAUGGCGAGGCCUUUUUUGUUAUGAAGGUCGAGAAUCCCGAAGAACAUGUGCCUGAUGCGCUGGUGACCAGUCCUGUUGUAGGACCGCUCUCGAAUCCUCUGUCGUCUGCCGACCCGGUGCCCCUGGAUCUGGGCGAGUCAUGCUCUGCCAAUGCCGGUGCCAAUGAACCCGCAGCAACGACAGAGACAUCAGGGCCAACACAGGCAGAUACAACAGGAGCUACGUCCGCUGCACCUUCAUUGACUGAGCCGCGACCCUCUACGCCACCCAUGCAGCUGCAGCCUGCAUUCGGCGAUGAGCCUGUGAGUGAAAUGAAUGUGACGCCUGUCGAGCUUGACCUCGAUAUGGAAGGCUAUAAGCUCAGCAAUAGCAACCGGCAGGUCGCGCUGAGGCAGGGUCAGCGACUCGCGGGGGAGCUUCCGCUCAACAAACAGCAUGGUGGUCGGAAUCCGUUGAUCCUGAGCGAGCGCUUAGACCAGCCGAAUCUUCGCUGGCAGCACCACCUUGUCAACUCCAUAUCGAAGCUUGUGAUGCCAUCCAGGUCAGGAGCAACGUCUGAGCAGAGGAACGCAUCCACACGACCUCGCCGCCUGAGCGAUACAUCGCUUAUGGUGCCUGUGGACCACGACGAGUCAUCGCCGUUGCCAUUGCCGACGACCAAGCCCUCAUCGUCUUCGCCACCAACUGGGUUGCUGCAUCUCCGAAUAUCGCGCAGUGACUCAGCGCUGUAUGCACAUGCCAUGGCUCAGCAAGCAGGCGACGCGAUACUGCCAGGUGUACAUUCGCCCUCUAUGGUCGAGGCCAGUGAGGCGGUGAAUGAGAAUCCGAAUGAAGAAGACGCUGUCGGCACACUGACAUGUGCACAGGCUGAUCCGUACUUGUUCCAACUACGUGUGGACGACAACACCGUGUACUCGUUUGAGCUCAGUCUCUGUUGGAUCCCAGCCGCUGGCGCUUCUGAUACAGUCAAUGCUGAGUACCUUUUUGAUGAGGGCCGCGUGUCGUUCCAGCGAUUCCUUGAAGAUGACUCGAUCAUACAAGACCCACGUCUCUGUAUCCGGCACAAUGACUCGUACCACUACCGAGAAAGUGAGCACGACAUGUUCUCUACACUCGCGUUCUAUCGGGACAUAUUGAUCCGGUCUUCAUCUGAAGCUCCUGCUGUCAGUACGAAAGCCAGUGUAUGGCGCCGAAUAUGGAGCAGGCCUGAGCCACGUCUUCCAGCCGAGCGAGUCUCUGCCAUUGCGGAUGUGAGCCAGGCACCAAGCGAUGUGGGCCGUGCGGCUGCUGGGAAAUCCAGAGCAUCUGCGCCUCCGAGCCUGUCAUCCAAUGCAGCGACCACUGUCGCUGUCGCCGGAGCCCCGACUUCUCCAGUGCCAGAGAACGGCACUCUCGCUGCUGAUGUCGCAGAGGCCGGUGACGAGGAAGCUGCUGGUGCAGCUGCAGCUACAGAACCGGUCAUCACGGAAGAACCCUCUGCCGCACAGCCCGACACAUAUGUCAAGACAUUGCGUCUGUCCUCAGACCAGCUCAAGCAGCUCGGUCUUCGGAAAGGCACCAAUACCAUCACUUUCUCCGUGACGUCGUCCUAUUCGGGCGUCGCAACGUGUCGAGCACGAAUAUUUUUGUGGGACUGUGACCAGCCUGUGGUCGUGAGUGACAUCGACGGCACCAUCACAAAGUCGGAUGCUUUAGGCCAUGUGUUCACGCUCAUGGGCCGCGACUGGACGCACUUGGGCGUUGCCAAAUUGUAUCAUGACAUUGCCAAGAAUGGGUACCGGCUCAUGUACCUCACAUCCCGGGCCAUUGGGCAGGCGGACAUCACACGAGACUAUUUAAGGAACAUCAACCAGAACAACUACCAGCUACCAGAUGGUCCCGUGAUCAUGAGUCCUGAUCGACUCAUUGCGUCACUGCACCGAGAAGUGAUUCUUCGCAAGCCUGAAGUGUUCAAAAUGGCCUGUCUGCGUGAUAUAGCGCGGCUCUUCGGCAUUGAUCCCAGUCAGCCGGACAGCGAGCACAGGACACCAUUCUAUGCUGGGUUUGGGAACCGAAUUACAGACGCUCUCAGCUACAGAAGUGUGAAUAUUCCCAGCUCACGCAUCUUUACUAUCGACUCCAAUGGGGAAGUAAAGAUGGAAUUGCUGGAACUAGCUGGAUACCAUACCUCUUACCCAAACAUGACGGAUCUUGUCGACCAAAUGUUCCCACCCGUGCCGAAAAUGAAAAGGAAUGAACACAUUGCUGCCUACACCGACUUUAAUUACUGGCGGGACGAGCUCGCCGAUGUCGAGCUCCCCCCUGACGAAGAGCUUGUGCCGGUUGUCUCUCCAUCAUCACCCCAGCAGCGCAGUCUUCGCAGUCCAAAGCAGAAGUCGUCUAAAGGCGAGCGGCAGCAGCAGCAGUCACAGGAAAAAGAUCAGCCGUUGCUUAAAACACAGCUUUAUGAUCGCUCGCCGUCAUCACCAUCGUCUCUCGUGUCCUCAUCGCCACGUUCAAGCACAUCAGACCCAUCGCUCUCUGCACCGGCGUUGCCCCCACCUGAGAAACCCAGUCGUUUUCGUCGUCUGCUGGGCUUGAGUCGACGUCGCCGCCCAGCCGAUUCGACCACUCCAGCCUCGUCUGAGCCGCGGACUGAUGACAUACGUCCACGCUCUCUCGAUCUGUCCGAUGGCUCACUCAGUCCACCCAGUUUGCCGGGCUUGUCCUCAAGUUGGAGUGAGCGCCAUAUCCUGUCGUCCGAUGACGAUGACGAUGAUGACAAUGCGAUCAAAACUCAUCACCAACAACGGAAGUAUGCAAGCCUCUAUGAUGAGCCGGGCGAUGAGAGUGACGAGCCUGUGUCGCCUGAAGCUCGUAGGCGGCAGCAACGGCGGCAGCAACUAUUGUAUGGGUCGUCGUCCUUGAGCUUUGACAAGGCUGAUCCACCUCGGCACUUCUCCGACUCGGCGCCUCCGCAGAUGGAAGAUGAAGAUCCCCUCUUGGCAUCCGGUGAUAUUCAGUUCGAGUGGCGUGGAUGA